CGACGCAUCUUCUAUACUCCUGCUCAGCUCGGACACUGUACUUUUCUCUUGUUUGUACUAUUCUCAAUCUUGUGCAAGCCUUUGCCAACUCAAGUACGUCAUAAUUGCAUGCUCAUUCGCUACUCUGCGGUCCUCUUCUACGGGAUACUGCUAGCUAUCGCAUCUCUCGCACGAACGCCCUUUCAAAGGCGGCAAGUAUCAGCGCAUAGUAUGCCUCAGAGCUUAUCAUCGCGCUGCAAGUCGCAACCACGGCGCACUGCCCAGAAGAGCUUACUGGAUGGCGCUACAGUGCCGGUACCCGUACCGUCUGAUCCCGCAAAUAUCACCAGCAUACAAUCUUGUUUGUUUACAAGUCACUCUACCUGCCAAAAGGUGCUCAGCAGUAACAGAACGCGACUGCUGCCUACGAAUGCUGCUCGGUCUGCGUUAUACACAUCGAAUCAACCACGGCAUCGUGACUCAAGGAAACCUCGCAAGGAGGCGAGAAUAGCUUAUACUGGACGAGACAGCUCUAUGGCACUUGCGAGCAUUGUUUUGGUCAUACUCGUUUACUGCUGAGGACCGCCGAUAACACGACGUGCUUAUGUGAGUGCUCUUUAUCUAAAGGGCGAAGAGGGGAAGGAUACCAAAUCAGCGGCGUAUGUUUGUACAACAGCUAGACUAGACCUAAUUGAACCAACAGCGACAUGUGACUCAGUC